AUGCCUGCAGGAUGCCUGCGAUUCGACCAAGCCGAUCACAGCUUUGACAAGUGCUCAGGGUCAACAUUCGAGGAGAGAGCCAAGAUCUUCUACGAAUGGAAGCCAAUUUUGACCCGGCACAAGCAAUGGCUGAAGACCACCAAACACGCAAGAAAGUGCCAAGCGACCGCGCAAUGGGCGAAAGACGAAGAGAUAAAGCGAGAAGCAAACUCGAAGCGCAUCGCAGACAAGCAUCCAAAAAUGAUGCGGCGUCUGUUUGGAAGUACAGGCGAAGAGACUAUGGCAACAAUCAACGACGUGCUCGACGUCUCAUACUGCCCCGACAGUGGAAGUGACGUCGGCAUUAUCCCGAUGACAAUGGUAGAAGCACUCAAGGUCCUGGACAACACAGUCCGACCUGAGCUACUCUCCAAACCGUGGAUCGGACAAGUCGUCGGACAGAUAUCGAUUACGUUCACGGAGACCGUCGAUCUGAGUGUCAAGUUGCACACGGCCGCCGGUCAGGUCAAAUUGCCUGGGAAAUAUCGGUUCUAUGUUGUCGACUCGAACGACGAACUAAUUGUCAGCAAGCACCCACCACAAUCCAUUGGCCUGGACAUGUCCAAGCUGCUCGAACAAGUCACAGUCCGGCAAGGUGAAGGCGACGGCGAUGGCAUUGGCGACCACAAUGAGAGCGAAUAUGUCACCUCGAUGCCGAAGACAUGA